CUUGCUUUGCUCGCAUUAAUGAUUAUUACCCAAUAAAACCUCACAGAGAUAUAGAGCUUUGUUUGAUUUCCAAGAGAAUCACAGAUAAUGGAGUUUUGCAGAAUCCACUUAGUGGCCAUAGUCUCACUGGUCCUUCUGUUUCCAAGCACCACCAUAGCCUGGGGAGAAGAUGGACACGCCAUUAUCUGUAAGAUCGCUCAGCCCCGGCUGAACAAGGCGGCUGCGGAAGCCGUGCAGGAUCUGCUGCCAAAAUAUGCAAAAAAUGAUUUGGGGAGUGUCUGCUCAUGGGCAGAUCAUGUUAAGUUCAUCUUUCCCUGGUCAUCUGCCUUGCAUUACAUUGAUACUCCUGACAACCUUUGCAAUUACCAGUACAACAGGGAUUGCAAGGAUGAGGAUGGACUCAAGGGAAGGUGUGUUGCAGGAGCCAUCAACAAUUACACCAACCAGCUCCUCAGCUAUGGCAGCGUUUCAGAUUCACAAUAUAACCUCACCCAGGCACUUCUAUUCCUUUCUCAUUUUAUGGGAGAUAUACAUCAGCCUCUCCAUGUGGGCUUUACUUCAGAUAGGGGUGGCAAUACAAUUGAUGUUCACUGGUUCACCAGAAAGACUAAUCUUCAUCAUGUUUGGGACGAUAACAUAAUAGAGACAGCAGAGCAAAGAUUCUACGACUCUAACAUGGAUGGCUUUAUUGAUGCAAUUCAGCAGAAUAUUACGAAAGAAUGGUCUGAUCAAGUAAGAGACUGGGAGACAUGUGAUGAUAGCAAGACCACAUGCCCAAAUAUAUAUGCAUCAGAAAGCAUCAAAGCAGCAUGCGAAUGGGCAUACAAAGAUGUCUCUGAAAACUCAGUACUUGGAGAUGAUUACUUCUCAUCUCGUUUGCCAACAGUAAAUCUGAGGUUAGCUCAAGGAGGAGUUCGUUUGGCAGCCACACUAAAUCGUAUUUUUAGCUGA